AAACAAAACAUUGCCCCGCGCUGAAACAGCAAUCAACACAAUAUCUGUUGGUACCAUUUUAAACUUGAUGUAGUCCUCGAUUUGUAGAGUUUUGGGUGAAAAAUUACUAUCAGUGCAAAAGAGAAAACAGAAACGAGAAUGUCUUCACCCACCGAUCGAAACACCAUGGGAAGUUCUUCAAAGUAUGAUGACACAAGUCCGCCAUUGUAUCACAGCACGGAGCGUUUCAACCCGCUGGGAUAUAGUACACCACAACAGCAACAACGAGGACAUGCAGCUCAACAACGAAACUACUAUUCCGUGCAGCCUAAGUACAUGCUUCCACGAACCCGAGGGUUUCAUAAUCGAAACCGAUCUGGUCAGAAUGAUUACCACAAUCGUUCGCAUGGCGCUUCUCAAGAGCACGAAGGAAACGAUAACGAUAUGCAAGGAAACUCGCCCGCGGAUGCAGCACGGCAAAACUAUAAUCGCAACUGGAGAGGGCAUCAAAACAGGAAUCAACGAUUUGGAGGACAAAGGAAUCAGCACAAUUUCCGACAAAAGCAUCAGGCCAGGGGCACAUCCUGCAAUAUUGAAGACUACUUUCAUCCUUCGAUGCUGGAAGAUCCUUGGGAGUUUUUGCUGCGUAAAAUUGGGCGCGAACCUAGCGAACGACCAGAACGCUCUAUCAUAAGGGAUAGCAUACCAGACGGGAAUGCCGGUGAUGAGGAAUCUAGUAACAGCGCGGACGAGGCAUCGUCGCAAUUGAUUGGCAUCGGUUCGAUUUGAGGAAUACGAAUGGAUUUGAAACACGUGCAACAAAGUACAAGAGUCAAUAUUUUAUACUGUAGUAUAUUGUACAUUUGUACGAAUGCAUUUAAUUAUAGGUAGAAAAUGAUCUCUACCAGUUUUAUGAAAUAAAUACGAAAUAACAGAAUAAUUUAUUGA